AUGGAGCGCGCAUCAUCUCUCUCCGUCCUCCUGCUCUGUUGUGUGGUGGCCUUCACUGCCGUCGGCGCCACGUCCGCCACAUCACUCGUCGGCCCACUGCUCCCACGAGAUGAUCGCCCCCAAUAUGGCGCCGCUUCAUCCGCGUCUGCCGCAGCUCACGCCAGGCCUCUAGCCUGGAAAGGGAAGACCAUCGAGAAGUACGUGGCCGUCCUGCGGCCCACGAAGCUCAACGGAAAGGUGGUGGGCGACAAAGGCGCAUCCGCCAAAGUGGUCCUCAAGGUCGUCAGGUACUCCGCAAUUGCAUACUAUCAAGAGGUUGUUUUUGAGGUCUUGAACAUCAACUCUGGCGGAAAGGCUCCUCUAGUGAGCGAGACCGUGGCGUCCUGCACCACCGAUUCAGUAGUCGGGCUGCUACCUUUCACGAACAUCACGAGUGACAAGGCCGGUCGCCGCAAGCGCUACAGCUUCUAUGCGGAGGUCGCCAACGGGCCAGAACCUCUCUCUCCUUCCUUCCAGAGGACAGAGGUUGAAGGACAAGGGGGAGAGGGGGAAGGACAGAGGGGGAGAGACACAGGGGGGAGGCACAGGGUGGCGGACAUAAGGGGUGCCACUUCCCUCCCCUCCUCCAUGCUUCCCCCCUCCCUCUUCCCUGAUUCCCCCCUCCCUCCUCCUUGCUUCCACCCUCCCUCGAACUCUGCUUUCCUCCUCCCUCCUCCCUGCUUCCCCCCUCCCUCCUCCCUGCUUCCCCCCUCCCUCCUCCCUGCUUCCCCCAUCCCUCCUCCCUGCUUGCCCCCUCCCUCCUCCCUGCUUCCCCCCUCCCUCCUCCCUGCUUCCCCCCUCCCUCCUCCCUGCUUCCCCCCUCCCUCCUCCCUGCUUGCCCCCUCCCUCCUCCCUGCUUCCUCCUCCCUCCUCCCUGCUUCCCCCCUCCCUCCUCCCUGCUUCCCCCCUCCCUCCUCCCUGCUUGCCCCCUCCCUCCUCUCUGCUUCCCCCCUCCCUCCUCCCUGCUUCCCCCCUCCCUCCUCCCUGCUUGCCCCCUCCCUCCUCCCUGCUUCCCCCAUCCCUCCUCCCUGCUUCCCCCCUCCCUCCUCCCUGCUUCCCCCCUCCCUCCUCCCUGCUUGCCCCCUCCCUCCUCCCUGCUUCCCCCCUCCCUCCUCCCUGCUUCCCCCCUCCCUCCUCCCUGCUUGCCCCCUCCCUCCUCCCUGCUUCCCCCAUCCCUCCUCCCUGCUUCCCCCUCCCUCCUCCCUGCUUCCCCCCUCCCUCCUCCCUGCUUGCCCCCUCCCUCCUCCCUGCUUCCCCCCUCCCUCCUCCCUGCUUCCCCCCUCCCUCCUCCCUGCUUGCCCCCUCCCUCCUCCCUGCCUCCCCCCUCCCUCCUCCCUGCUUCCCCCAUCCCUCCUCCCUGCUUGCCCCCUCCCUCCUCCCUGCUUCCCCCCUCCCUCCUCCCUGCUUCCCCCCUCCCUCCUCCCUGCUUGCCCCCUCCCUCCUCCCUGCUUCCCCCAUCCCUCCUCCCUGCUUGCCCCCUCCCUCCUCCCCGCGUGCCCCCACCCUCCGCCCUGCUUGAAAAUUAACCCUCCGCCCUGCUCGAAAAUUUACCCUCCGCUUCCUAGUGGACCAUCUCUUCCCUCCAUCCUAACCUAUCGGCCUCAUGGGUCCCUCUAUCAUCCUCUUCCUUCCCCCGAACCCACUCAGGAUCUGAGUGGGUUCGGGGGGCAGCAGCACGGUACUGCUGUUGAGAGAGGUGGGGUCUUACACCCUGCCGCUCGUCCCUUCCAUCCCCCGACCAUGUCCUCCUCCAACAAACAGUUCCCGCCCCACCAUCAUCUCUCCCCUAGCCCACCCAACCCACUCAGGAAAUCUGGUCCCUCGUAA